AUGAAGGAUUGGCACAAAAUUUACAUUCUUCAUGUUCUGUAUAUUGAUAUGCCCACAUCGCCUUUUUUAGCUAUCAUUGCCAUCAUUGAAAAGGUUAUGAACCAGGAUGUUUUCAAGCUUUACAUUUGCAACUUAGGUGACUCUCGGGCAAUGCUAAUCAAGAAGGAUGGGUCGUUCAUCUCCCUGAGCGAAGAUCACAAGCCAUACAACAAAAAGGAAAAGGAGAGAAUCGACAAAAUUGGAGGGUUUGUGGAAAAUGGAAGGAUACUCGGCUACAUUGGCGUGUCCAGAUCGUUUGGGGAUAAAAACUACAAAGGAAGGAGCAGCGUUCCGUAUAACCCCCACGAGACGAUGAUCACGUGCAUACCAGACAUAAAAAUUUUUUACGCAAAUUGCGACGACAUCUUAGUGUUAGGGUGUGAUGGAAUAUUCGAAAUGCUUUCAUGGAGUGAGGUUGCCAAAUUCAGCUACGAGUGUGUCAAUAGGUACUCACUAAGCGAUGCAGUGAUUAACAUUCUAGAUUAUGCGUUGUUGUCUGGCUCCAGGGACAACAUAACGAUUCAAGUAGUUAAAUUUUUUAACGAGCAAGUGGAGAGUUUCCAUUUUCGAGAAAAAUUGGUACCCAGCAUUUAUAUACAUAAUGAAAAGGUAACCAAGUAUGAAUUCUAUGGAAGGUUCCUAAAUAAGUAUCACAUAAAUGAUAGGAAUAUUAUUAACAACUUGAUGGAAUACUGCACCGAAAUAAAAGAAAAGGGGUGUUCCCUUGGGCCAUUUUUAAAAAGAAUGCGAGAAAAUAAAAACACACAUAUUAUAUUAAAUAGGAGGAAUAAGAAAAACAUCAAAUAUUUGACGUUGCCAAUUCUGCAAGAGGAUCUCAAAACCAACAAUUCUUUUAAUGCCAUGGAUCAAAACGACUUCAACAGUAUGAGGGAGUUUUUUAGAGAAUACGACAAAAAGAUGAAGAUGGUGAAUUGUUCAAAGGGGGGGGAAUAG